AUGACUGAAGAUAUAAAUAUGAGUGAUAAGCCAGCAGUGGAUGUAGAGACCAGUGGAGGACUGGCAGAGGGAGAAAAUGUUGAGGCUGGAGAGCCCAGUACCCUGCUGGUGAUUGAUGACAUAAAACACAACUUUGCGUAUCUGGAGAAGGCAGUUUCCAACUUCGAUCCGCGGUUCACACUUCGUGUUCUUCGAGGACUUCCGGCAUUGCGAAAGAGAGUUGAUUCCGGCUCACUUUUAAAAGUGAUUGAAUCGACAUAUCCAGCCACCGACUCUUCAAAAGAGAUCCUUCUAGCAUCAGUUCAGAAGUAUCACAAAGAAGAUGCCGAGGGAGCUGCUGGUGGUGCUGAUUCCGAGUCAAUGGCAGUUGAUGAGGUUGCCAGUGAUAACGAACCUCCAUCAACGAUUCUUCCUGAAGUGGAUAUUUUCUUGCAAUUGCUGGUGAUUGUGUGGUUGUUGAACCAGGAAGGUGCUACCGAACCCGCCAAUCUACAAUACAUCCAGUCGGUGGCAGAACAUUCAAUUAACAAACUACGUCAUUAUAACCGUCGUUCUUUGGAUUACUUGGCUGCUAAACUAUGGUUUUACUACUCGCGUAUUGCCGAAUUGCAGGGAUCCAGCUCGUUCACUAGUAUCACUUCUACUCUGCUUCAGGCAUUGCGUACCGCCACUUUGCGCCACGAUUUAGAGACUCAAGCUUCAUUAAUCACUUUGAUUUUGCGAAACUAUCUUGCUUCUCAUAAAGUAUCUCAAGCUGCUAAUCUUGUAGCCAAGACCAGUUUCCCCGAGUCGGCAGCAUCCAACGCUCUGGGUGCCCGAUACUUGUAUUAUUUGGCACGAAUCAACGCUAUCCAGCUCAAUUACUCGUCUGCUUUUGAGCAGGUAACUGCUGCUAUUCGUAAGGCUCCACAAACAUCACUUGCAGUUGGGUUUUUACAGGCAGCUAAUAAACUGAGCAUUGUUGUGGAACUGCUGAUGGGCGACAUUCCCGACAGAUCGAUUUUCUUCCAACCAACGCUGGAAAAGUCAUUGGUUCCAUAUUUCGAUGUAGCCAAGGCAGUACGAAUCGGCGAUCUGGCUCAAUUCUCCGAGACGCUUAACAAGCACGAAAAGGCACUUAAAGCCGACGGAACAUACACACUUGUUUUGCGACUACGCCAGAACGUGAUUAAAACCGGCAUUCGUAUUAUGAGUCUGACAUACUCCAAGAUCUCGUUGAAGGAUAUCUGUCUUCGCUUGAACCUUGGAUCUGAGGAGUCGGCUGAAUACGUGGUGGCUAAAGCGAUCCGCGACGGAGUCAUUGAUGCCACUAUCGACCACGAAAAGGGAUACAUGCAAUCCAAAGAGGUUCUCGACAUUUACUCGACAACCGAGCCGCAAAACACCUUCCACGACCGAAUCAAGUUCUGCAUCUCACUGCACAAUGACUCGGUCAAAUCCAUGCGCUACCUCCUCAACCAUCACCGAGUCGACCUCAAAACCGCCGAAGAAGCCCGCGAGCGCGAAAAAGAGCUUGCUACCGAGAUCCAAGAAGGCACCGACGGUGACGACGACGACGACUUCGAACUCUAG